AUGAGCAGUCAGCGCGCGCCCUGGUCCUGGAUGGAGCCAGAGAGAGGGAGCCUGGUCUGCCCGGCACCCUCAGCUGUUGCUCCGGAGAGUAAGAAGUCGGAAGCAGCGGAAAAGGCCAAACUAUGCUACUGGGGAAAAGACUGUAGUCGGAUCCAGGCUAAAUCCGACCACGGAGCGGAUGCGAGGAGAAGCUGCUCCAGAGCAGAGGAGUAUUUUCGCUUUGUUGGAGUCGGAGCCGUGCCCAUGGAGAAGGCGACUCCACCACCCCAGCCACAGCCCCAGCUCCAGCUGUCAAUAGCGAAGAGCGAAAGUCCCGCGGAGGACAUCUCAGGUCUCACCGACGAUGACCUGCACAAGUGGAGCAAAGACGAGCUGGUGCGGCGCCUCCGACGCUCGGAGGCCGACAAGAUGAGCGUGAUCCUGGACCAUGGCAAUCUCAUCCGAGAGGUCAACCGCAGCCUCCAGCUGCACCUGAACGAGAUCAGGGGGCUGAAGGACAUUAACCAGAAGCUGCAGGAAGAUAACCGUGAGCUGCGGGACUUGUGCUGUUUCCUUGACGAUGACCGUCAGAAAGGCAAGCGCGUGUCCCGGGAGUGGCAGCGGUUAGGCCGUUACAGCGCCAGCAUCAUGCGCAAAGAAGUCUCUCUGUACCUCCAGAAACUGAAGGAGCUGGAGCAGCGCCAGGAGGAAGUCAUCCGGGAGAACAUGGAGCUAAAGGAGCUAUGUUUGAUGCUGGAUGAGGAGAAAGGCUUGGCGUCUGGAGGAGUGGGAGGUGGAGGCAGUGUGGGGGGCUGUCGGAACUCCAUAGACAGUCAGAACAGUUUGUUGUUGGUGCCUGGACAAGGACUCCUCAUGAGGGAUGUGGGCGAUGGGAGCAGCACCUCUAGUGCAGGGAGCGCAGAGAGUUCGGACCAUACACACCAAAAGCAAAUGCAUCUGACCGUGGGCGGGGCCAACGUAGGUGGCUCUGUAGAAAGGGGCAGCCCAGAGAUAGUGCACAAGCCCAGGUGCAGCAGCAUCAGUGCGAUCGGUGGUAUAACUGGUUUAGACAGAGACAUGUCCAGUCCAGAGCAUCCUACUGGACGUCACCGUAGUACCAGCUUAGAGUACCCCUACACUCUGCCCCAGCUCUGCCGGCCUCGCUGCGGCUCUAUAUCUGUGCCUGAUCACAGCCGAGUCAUGAGGGGACUGAGCCCGGAGAAAUAUGGGAGGAAUAUCGGGGGCCGGAGUCCAGAACAACAUCCAAAGCACCACACUUCUGAUCUGGUCCUGGGGCAGAGGCAGCACUACCUGGGGCAGGGGGGCAGUGGGGAGCUCUUCCAAAGGCACCACAGGAGCAGCAUCAGCAGUGCAGGCUGUGGGAGCCCUGAGCAUCGUCAGGGCCAUUUAGGAACAUCCGAGCAUCAUGACAAAGGUUUUGUGGUACAAGGAGGAAGCCCUGAGACGCACCGGCACCAGUACAGCAUGAGCCCGGACCAUGCCAAGUUUGGGAGUCCAGGGCGAGAGGGGCAGAGGAGGACCAACGCUGACGAACUGUCCCCACACCAUCGGACCAUUUACAAUGGCAUGAACGCUUUGAUAUCGGCCGGAUGCUGCACCAAUAACUGUAGAAACGUCAAGCUAUGGGACAGUUUCGACGCCUCUUCUUGA